GUACAUUUGAAUCGUGCGAAACAAUUAGAUUUCUGCCGUAAGAACCUCGCCUUCACUUAGGGUUUAGGGGCUAAUUCUUAACUCUAAUGCCCACGAAUAGGGAUAGAGACUGCGAUUGGCUCAUCAAUGGUUUUCAAUAAUAAGCUUCGAGCUACAAUGGCACUAACAAAGGUCUUGUUUGGUUUUGUGUUCAAUUCUAUAAAAUCGUCUGGAGCUUAAAGAUCGGUUUCUCGUCCGAGAUGCGGUUGCAAAUUUCAUAGUGUUAGAGUUGAUAAUACCAAAAGAUAUAUAAAUAGCUUGAAUAUUCCUUUGGCUGCAUUAUUUCUGUUUCAUUGUAAACUAGUUAAAUAUGGUUGUUACAUAUUUCAUUACUGGUGCUAAUCGUGGGAUUGGGUUUGGAUUUGCUAAACAACUUUCUGCUGAUUCAAAUAAUGUUGUUAUUGCCACCACCCGUUCUUUUGCUAAUGCUGCUGCUUUGAUUGAAUUGAAUCGCUCCAAUCUCCACAUCAUUGAAUAUGACAUUACCUCUCCAUUGGAAAAAAUGAAGCAAGAUUUGUUGCCUCUUGAAAAAUACGCUCCAAAUGGUGUUGACGUUGUAAUCCUGAAUGCUGGUAUUGGUAUAGAUUAUCUGAAAACUAUUCUCCAAACCACUGAAGAAGAAAUGAGAGAACACUAUGCGGUCAAUAGCAUUGGAGCAGUGAAAGUUUACCAAUCAAUCUUUCCUUACUGGUCUCAAAAGGCUAACCCUGAAACCGCUAAGAAAUAUAUCUUUAUUAGCACUUUUGUCAGUUUGGUUCACAAUUACUUUCCAUCUUUGACUUCGCAUUAUGGUUCUUCGAAAGCAGCUUUAAACUUUGUUGCAAGACAUAUGGCUUUCGACCAUACUUCUUCUGACUUAGAUCAUAUCAAGAAUUCUAUUAUUGCUUCAUUCCAUCCUGGUCUUGUUGAAACUGAUUUUACUGCACCCUUCUUUAGCCAAGUUAAUAAAGCAGAUCUUCCUUUCCCAGUUUUCAGUCCUGAAGAAGCGGUAAAAAAUGUCCUUACUGUUGUUAAUGGUCUUAAAAAAGACGAUAAUGAUACUUUUUUCAAUUAUGAUGGUACCAAAGUUUCUUGGUGAGAUCCUUUAUUUAAAUUUUACUCUAAAUAUAUAUUUCAUUUCUCUAACUUAGUCAGAGAUGUAAAUUUAUCUUCGAUUUGGAGCUCCAUUGAAUUCAAGUUUGGUCACUGAGUAUACAAUAAGGAACUGGCAAUAGUUCUUAUUUAGCAUUUCCAUUUGGC